GGGCGGGCUGUAGGGAGAGCGGACACCCUGUGGGACGGGGUUCCUGCCGCCCAGGCACAGCAACGCGUUGCUGGGGCGUCCCACGCGCGGCUGGGACUCGGCCCCUCUCUGUGGCAGCGUUUUCUGGGGUGGCGCUGGAGAGGGGGAGGCGGCUAAAAUACAGGCCGAUUUUCAUCAGAGCGGAUGCCCAUGCCCUUCAAAUUAAUCAACUGGCAGGAGAUAAUUUGACAGGUGAAGCAGGCAACUUCUUUUCUUCCAUCUAGACUACGUAUUCAUCAUCACAGAACACUGAUAGUUCAUAAGCCUGCAAAUUAGAUAUGGUUAUGGCGGAUGGGUUCAACUGGACCACCAUUGCAAGGGGGAGGCAAAAAUGAUGAAGGAGGGAAAGGUUUUCAGAGUUAUCCAAGAAAACUGUUGGAAUCCAGAGGUUCGGAUUAAAGAGAUGAACAAAUCAGGAGUCACUGUACAAGCCCUUUCUACAGUUCCUGUAAUGUUCAACUAUUGGGCCAAACCUGAGGAUACUUCAGAUCUGUGCCAAUUAUUAAAUAAUGACUUAGCUGCUACAGUAAAAAAGUACCCCAAGAGGUUUAUCGGUCUUGGCACAUUACCUAUGCAAGCACCAGACCUGGCUGUGAAGGAAAUGCAUCGCUGUGUGAAUGAGCUUGGUUUUCCUGGGGUACAGAUAGGAUCUCAUAUCAACGAAUGGGACCUGAAUGCACCAGAACUGUUUGCUGUCUAUGCUGCAGCUGAAUUAUUAAACUGUUGUCUGUUUGUGCAUCCCUGGGACAUGCAGACAAAUGGAAGGAUGUCCAAGUACUGGCUUCCCUGGCUUGUGGGCAUGCCAGGAGAAACAACCACUGCCAUUUGCUCCAUGAUUAUGGGAGGAAUUUUUGAAAUGUUUCCUAAACUGAAAGUUUGCUUUGCCCAUGGAGGUGGUGCUUUCCCAUAUACACUAGGGCGUAUUUCCCAUGGAUUCAAUACGCGCCCUGAUUUGUGUGCAGUGGAUAAUAAAGUUGAUCCAAAGAAAUACCUCGGUUCAUUUUACACGGAUUCACUUGUCCAUGAUCCUCGGGCCCUAAAGCUGCUAAUCGAUGUAAUAGGAGAGGACAAAGUUCUUUUGGGAACAGAUUACCCUUUUCCACUAGGGGAACUAGAACCUGGAAAACUGAUUGAUUCUAUGGAAGAGUUUGAUAAUGGACUAAAGGAUAAACUCAAAGCUGGCAAUGCUCUGGCAUUUUUGGGUCUUGACAGAAAACAAUUUGAAUAACUUUAACAGAGACCAAAUUUGUAUCCUUUUGUAUAUUUGUGUACAUGCCUACAUAUGUGUAUUUCUACCAUUUCAAUGUCAAAUAAAAUCUACAUAUAAAUGAUAGUAUUUACGGUAUCCUCAAAGUAAAAGCAAGGGCACUGGAAAUCCACAUGUGGGAAUUUCCGUGUCCUAAGGAUUUAGGUUGUACCUGCAGAUUUUUGGGAUCCCUGCUGUUCUACAGAGAUUUCAUUUCUUUCAGUUGUGAUGAUGAUAACCGUCUGAAUAGAAAUCAAUGCAGUGUUAUCAAUACCAAGUUUCUUGGGGG